AUGCUUCCCUUGAGAAAUAGUUCAAUCAUGAAUAAGCAGGAAACAAAUGAAAUAUCUGAAAAAAGUAAAGAAUAUACCAUGUGUGCGAAGAUGGAAGAUGAAAAUGGUGAAGAUGAAAAAGUACAGAAUUUGUAUAAUGAAGACUCGUUAAUAAAAAUAGAUAAUUAUAUGAAUUAUGGUGAACAUUCGACACAAACAUAUCCAAUUAGUAGAACAACCACACCACAUCAAAUAAACAUUGGAAGUAUGGAAAGUGUAAAUGUUGAAGGUUCUUUUAACCACAUUGCCAAAUCAGCUACAUUGAUAUCACACGAUGAAGAAGAAUUGGCAAAACAUAUUAGCGAAAAUGAGAAUGCAGAUGAAAAUGAAAACGAGCAAGAAUCAGUUUGGAGAAAGGAUAGAAGUAGAAAUAAAAAUAAAUACAAUAAUGAUGGUGAACAGAGCGAAGAAUCGAUUCUAAAGUUUGAUUCAGGUGUUGUAAAAUCAGGAUUAAAUGAGAAGAGGCAGAAUUGUUGCAGCAGUGAAGCAUUAGAAGCGGUACGUAGCUCGCAGAAUGGUAAUGAGCAUGAUAACGAGAAUGAUAUGGGGAGAAAUGGAUUUUUUCAAAAUUGUAAAAGUGAGAUUGUUGAAAAAGUGGAAAGUGCUGAUGCUGUCCAAGAUGAUGAGCUUAUCAAGUUUGUCGAAUGUGAAGAGAAUGAGGAUGAGGAGGAUGAACAAUCGAAUGAUUCACAAGUGGGGGCUACACAAGUGGACUUUGCAGAAAUGGACAAACAAAAAAGUCAUAAUAAUGAUAAGAUGUCUGAAUAUAACGAAAAUAAAUCAGAGGUUUGUAAGACAAAUUCAAACACAGAUGGUAGAGAUGCCCACGUAGAUGAUAAGAAUAUGCGUGAAAAUGAAGAGUCGAAAGAAACAUUUAAUGGAAAUAAUGACAUUUGUUUGUACAACAAGAAGGAAGAAAUGAAAUCCGAAAAUUCUUCUUUUAAUGAAUUUAAUGAAACGGAAAAUUACGUGGAUGGAAAAUUAAAUGCAAAAAUGAAUAUAAGUAAUGAAGAGUGUAAAGAGAAAAAUAGUGAACAUUCUAAGAAUUCGUUAAUUAAGGAUAUGAUGACAGAUAAUGGUAAUGAGAUUGAGGAAGCAUCAUCCAUGAAUCAUAACAAAUCACAUGUUUCAAUAAACAUUUUACAUACCAUUAAAGAGAAUAAUAGAAUAAAUAAUAAUGUAGGCAAAAUGUAUACGGAAGACAAGAAAAAUAUGAUUAAUAAUAUAUAUGCUCCAAUAGCUAAUGUGAAUUCAUUAGAGGUGGGUGUGGAUAGUACACCAUAUAUGGGAAUUGGAGCGAAAUGUGAAGGUGCAGUAAUAAACGAGCCUUUUUUUCAUGAUGCACAUGGUAAUGAUCUAAGGAAUAUAACAUGUGUCACUUAUAUGAAUCAUCAAAGUACAAGUAAUGGUUGCAUUUCUCAGAACGUUUUAAAUAAGACCAUUAAUAAUGAUGAAUCUAAUUCGUGCAAUAACAAGAGUCUUGGAUGUCCUAAUGCCUCCACUCCUCAUGGUGGUAGACAUAGUUGCCAAAGUAGUAGAAGUGGUAGUAGUAGUAGUACUACUACUACUCAUGGAAAUGGUGAAAGUAAUAACAGUGUUCCAUUUGAUGGUUGUGAAAUGAGGAAUAAUGAAUCUUUUAUGAAGAAUGAAUGUAUUAGAAAAUCAAAAAUUAUUUGUCUGAGUUAUUUACGUAUUUUGAAACGUUUAACUUCUAUUUGGAGUGAACAGAAUAAAUCAUUUGAAUAUCAUUUUGUAAAUCUCUUAAAUAAUGUAGAGUCGAAUAAUUUGGAUCUCUAUAUGUGUUGCUUUUCGAAUAUAAAAAUAUUUGCAUCAAAAAAUAUUUUUCUUGAUUCGAUCAUUGAAUGUAUUGAUGAAUUAGAAAUAAUAAGAAAAUUAAAAAGUAUGCAAUCUAAGGGAGAAGAAAAGAAGAAGCCAAAUGAAAACACAUCUUUAAUGAGCUCAUCCACAACAACGUAUAAUAAAAAUAAUAAAAAUGAAAUUGUAAAAGAUAUUAUAGAAGAAGUACAAGGUAAUUUAUCUAAAGAGAUAGUUGAAGAAAUUUAUGAUUUGUCUUUGAAAAAUCCAUAUUUUAGUAGUACCUAUCAUGGAAAUAACAAUGCUAACGUCUUAUCGUCUGUUGUGCAUGCAGGGGAUGGGGAACCGAGUGUAUUAUCUUUAUACAGCUGUGUACAGUACAAUCCUAUGAGUAAUGGAAAUCAUCACAUGUGCAAUGAUUCAAAUACUUUUAUGGAUUUGAAAAAAGGAAAAGAAGUUCAAAUGUCUAAUGGAAAGAAUCAGUGCCCCAUGGCAAGCAAUUGUGAAGGCGGAGUAGACAUAGCUGGAAUUGGACUUAGACCAGGAGGAGGUGAGAAUUUUAUAAAUCAUGGUUACAGUUUACAUGGAAAUAACCAUUUGUCUUGUACUAAUGUUGCGUGUCACAGUGGUCAUAUGCACCAUAAUUGUUGUAUUGGAAGUGGCAGUAGUAGUAGUGAUAGAAGCGCUAUUUGCAAUAAUAAAAGGAAUCAUCAGAACAACAGUUACAAUGGGAAUGUGCUUGGAUUAAAUGGAAAUAAUAAUAACGCUUUAAAUUAUAGCAGUAAUUACAGUGGUUCGUCCAAUUUAUGUAAGAAAAAAUGUAGUUAUUCAGAUGAAAAUAUUUUAAAUAAAUUAAACGUAAGCAUUGAUUACCAUUCAUAUAAUGAUUAUAGCAACAACUACAUUCAAGAGGCAGAAAAAGUAGUAGAGAAAUAUAAAAAUUUAUGCAAACUUAAUUCCAAGGAUAGUGAAAAUAUGUACACCACAUGUCAUCAAUCGAGCAUUCAGGAUGUUAGUAGUUUUAAUACCAAUGCAUAUUUGCAUUUCAAAUCCUUUAUUUCUGAGUGUGCAAAUAUGCGCAAGGGUCAGGGUACUACUGGAAAGACCAAAUUAAAGGACACCGAUUUUAGUUCUAGCGAUUUGUGUUUCUUGCGUUACCUUUACACGCAUUUGUGCAAUACCGGAGGGCAUGAGGACGAGAAAAAUUAUUUUGAAGGUAAGUCGAACAUAGACUUGAGUAGCAAUGGUGAUAUGAAUAAACUGCUUCAAGAGAUAAAAUUGAAUGAUGAAGAGAAUUAUGAUGAAAAGGAUUAUUUUGUGAAAUAUGAUCGAGAGAAUAACAAAGGAGUGGUUCCUAAUAGUUGUGAUAAUAACAACAUGAAUUAUUUAUCAAGUAAUAUUCAAAAUGUAAUGAGGAAGAGAAAAUUAAGAGAUAAUACUGCUGCAUAUCAUCUUAACAAUCACCAUCAUUCGGUUAAAGGUAGUGUAGUAGGAGGAAGUAGUAAUCUGAAUGGAAUUUCAGUCAACAAUACAUCUGCUGGAUUGGGAAAUUCAGUUAGUGCUAUUGUGAAUAUUGCAAACAUUGGAAACAGUGUGAAUGGUAAUAAUGCUGAUACGAAUGUGAAAAACCACGUUUUGAUGAACUCAAAUGGAGGAUCAGGAGUAAUUAUGGAAGGAAACGAUAUAAACUAUCUUUUAUGCAACACAAACAUUCUUAAAAAGUUGAAGUACAAUUUGCUAGAAAAUAAGAAGACUGGAAGUACUUGUAGUAGUAGUAGCGGUACAGGGGCUAACAAUAAUGGCACUAAUAAUAUUAUAAAUAGUAACAAUAAUAAUCACAUCAGUGGAAAUGGAACAGAAUAUAAUAACAAUAUUAUUGGAAUGUUGGAUUUUAUGAAGAAAGAUUCGAACGAUUAUUCUUUGGAUGAUAAUAACAACUCUUACAUGAACACGAGAAAAGGUGUUUCUAACAAAAACAAUCUUAUGAAUAAUAUAAAAAAUUACAAAGAUAUUUUGAAUUUAUCACAGGAGAAUUUUAACAAAAAGACAGCAGGAGUUGUUGGUACUUCUUCUGGCACUAUAACUGGUGCUUCAGCAUCGUCCAACAGAAUUUCAAAUGACCGUGAGCGCGAUGUGCACCACCACCAGCAUCGUCAUUUUCCUUUCCAUCAACCAUCACACGUGUAUCACCAUAUAGACCCGAGCACUUUGUAUGAUUUUAUUAUGAACACGAAUAAUAAAUCCAAUGCAUUUUUGGACAAUUCGUCACAGCACUCGAACAGUUUACUAAUGAACAGCAUGUGUAGAAAUAAUAGGAAUGAUAAUAAAAACCAGCAUGGAAAUCAUGGAGGAAACAGCAAUGAAGGAAAGAACAACAACACGGGUUCAAUGAAUAUGAAGGUGGGAUAUAAUAUUAGAAGUACUGCUGGGUCGAGCAGUAUAAUAUCACAUGGUGUACAGAAAAAGAAUAGUUAUGAUUUCAGUGUUGAUUACAAUUCUAAGAUGCAUGCUAACGAAUCUGAUUUAUCCCUAAGUAAUCAUGAUAAUAGCAAUGAAUUGGUAUUGAAUAAUGGUAAAAUGGAAAAUAGUAUAGGUGGUGGUAACAGUGCUAUUGGCACUAUUGGUGCUAUUGGUUCUGGAACUGCUGGAAGUGGAACUUCAUCGGAUGUAUCUGCUACUUCAAGUGGAGGAGGAGCUGGUAUGGGCAUGUAUAAUAAACAUAACAAGAAUGAUAAUGGAAAAGGUUCCGAAAUUAACAAUACAAAUAAUAGUAAUAAUAAGAAUAUAAAAAAUUUAAAGAAUUCAUCAACUAUCGCAACAUCAGUUUCUUCAAGUAAUUAUGGAAUUGGGAAAUUAAAGUAUGAAAUGCCUGUAGGUGUAAAUCCAAAUGAUGAUAAAGUAAAAGGAGUAUAUUUCUCAAAAUCUCCUAGAGGAGUUGGAAAAUGGAAUGCAUAUUUUCAAAUAGCAAAUAAUAAAAGACUGUUUACAAGUUUUAGUGUAAGUAAAUAUGGGUAUAAUGAAGCAAGAAAAUUAUCUAUACUGAAAAGAACUGAAUGGGAAAAGGAAUAUAAGCAUCAUACUGAUUUAAAAUAUUCUGAUGUUAAAAAAGGGAAAAAAAAGACAAGUCAUCAUAUUGUUGGAAGUAGCAGCUUAGUUAAGAAUGGUGUUAAAAAUAUUUCAAAGAGUAAUAAUAAUAAUAUGAAUCAUUGUGUUAAUUCAAAUAGUGAUGAUUCCCUAACUUAUGGAAAGGAUAAUAAAAUGAAGGAAGAAAGUAGUGUAUUAUAUUCAAAUGAUAAUGAAGAUGACCGUUUGAUUAGUAGUAAAAUUAAUACAGCAGAUAUUUCUAGCGAUUUAAAUGAUAUCAACGAAUUGAAUGAUUCCCAUAUUUUUACAGGUACUACUAGCAGUACCAAAAAAAUGAAUAAGAUGAAUAUGCACAAUGUUAAUAAUAACAGUACUAUUAAUAACAGUGCUAGUAAUAACAAUGCUAAUAAUAUCAGUGCUAAUAAUAACAAUGAUAAUAAUAACAAUAUGAGUGUCAGUGGGGAUGAAGAUAUAGACGUAGAAGACAAUCUAAAUUUCUUUAUCGAAUGUUCGAAGAAUGAUAAUGAUGAUUUUAAUUCCAUGGAUUUACUUCGAUCCAGUCUGAAUGUUGGAGAGGACGAGGGGGACAAUACUAGUAACAAUGUCAGCGAUGGAAAUAAUGUUAGUGCCGGAAGCAAUAGCAACAGAAAGCAUACAAACAAUAACAAUAGCUCUUCAUCGAAUUCAUUCUUGAAUUCUUAUGGAAAUACAAUGGACAACAAGCAACCUUUGAACUCUUCGAAGAUACUGUCGAACUCUAUAGGGAUAUCGAAUAAGUACAUAAGAAAUUUGCGCUUUCCAACGAUCGAUUCCCAUACUGUAAGUAAUUUUUUGGAAGCCGUGACAGAUGAUCAGAAAAUUUCCUCCUAA